UAUAAGCCGUCACAUUCGCCAGCCAACCAACUACUCCCAUCCAGAGCUCCUUGGAAAAAAUGAACUCCUUCCUGGAAUAACAAAGAUGGAAUUUGCAAGAAGAAGGAGAAGAUUAAUGGAGGAGAUCAGUAAGACUCAUUCAGGGAUGACCAAUGCUAAUCACGUGUUGAUCAUUCCGGCAUCAAAAGUACAAUACAUGUCACAAGAUAUAUUUUAUAGGUUUCAUCAAAAUAACGAUUUUCUAUACUUCACUGGUUUUCAGGAACCCGAUGCUGUACUAAUUAUUGAGUCAAAUAGCUCUUCACCUCUUCCUGAUCAUAACACUGUACUAUAUGUCACUGAUAGAGACCCAUUUAAGGAGAAGUGGGAGGGACCUGUUCUAGGGCCUGAUGAUGCCGUUGGUUAUCUUGGCGUUGAUGAAGCAUACUCAAUAACAUUACUAUCAGAACACUUGGAAAGAAAGUACUCAAAAGGUGGUUACUCUGUUUGGUAUUAUGGUGAAAGAGAGACCCCAGCAACAAUCAGUGACUCCAUUGAUGUCACCAUACAUCAACACUUGUUAAAUGUACCAGGCUCUCGUAUAACCAGUAAUCACAGUCUCCUGUAUCACAUGCAUACAUUGAGGGCUAUAAAGUCUGAGGGUGAGAUAUCACUGAUGAGAAGAGCUGGGGAAAUUGCUGCUGGAGCUUUUAAAAAAGUAAAUAAUUACAAAAUAAAAUAUCUCAUUUAUUCGUGA